AUGGGCGAGCCUCCGGGUCCAGAGGCACAAGGCAGCCCGACAGAUGGGCGGCUACCCGCCUGCAGCAAAGGGGGCCGAUGGUUCGGACUUGUCAGCGUCCUCCGGAUGAUGGGCAAGCUGGAGGGAUUCAACGGGAGCCGCUCUGCCCCGGCCGCCGCUUUGGGAUGCUGAGCCGCCGCGUCGUCAGCAUGUAGGCAGCGCUGCAGGAAGUGCUUGAGAGUUCAGGCGAGGAACGGCUCCGCUUAGUAGUUCAAGCGGUUUUCCUUCGGGCGCGGCUUACGAGGGAAAUCGAGCCGAGCGACCCCCUUUUUAUUUUUUAUUUUAUUUUUUCUUCAGCCCGGGACGCAGCUGCCGCCUCACCCGGAGCAGACGGCAGCCCACCCCAGCUUGCAAAGGAGCGCCUCCUCCUGCGAUGCCGGUUUUAAUUUCUCUUGAAGGCAGCCGAGAGACGUCGGCUUGCGUGAAUGGGCGGGAUUGAUGCCCUUUUAAUUAGGGUUUUCAGCUCGAUCUUCCAAGUGACCGGUGGCUUCCCCCCCCCACUUCCCUCCCCCCCACCACUACAAGGCUAAGACCUACGGUUAAAAGAUGUACACGUUUGUGGUGCGAGAUGAAAACAGCAGCAUCUAUGCUGAAGUCUCUAAAAUUCUCCUCUCCACUGGACAAUGGAAGAGGCUCAAAAGAGAUAAUCCGAGAUUCAACCUCAUGUUGGGCGAGAGAAACAGGCUGCCUUUUGGGAGGCUGGGUCAUGAACCUGGACUUACACAGUUGGUGAACUACUACCGAGGUGCUGAUAAACUUUGUCGAAAAGCUUCUUUAGUGAGAUUAAUCAAGACAAGUCCUGAAUUGGUGGAGGCUUGCACGUGGUUUCCAGAAUCCUAUGUGAUUUAUCCAACCAAUUUGAAGACACCAGUAGCUCCAGCUGAGAAUGGGCUUCAUCAUCUAAUAAACAACACAAGAACAGAUGAAAGGGAAGUCUUUCUGUCAUCCUAUCAGAAGAGGAAAGAGAGUGGAGAAGGAAAUGUGUGGAUAGCCAAAUCUUCAGCAGGAGCCAAAGGUGAAGGAAUUCUUAUUUCUUCAGAGGCUACUGAACUUCUGGAUUUUAUAGAUAAUCAAGGACAAGUGCAUGUGAUUCAAAAAUAUCUGGAGAAGCCUAUGCUCUUAGAACCAGGUCAUCGCAAAUUUGAUAUUAGAAGUUGGGUCCUAGUGGAUCACCAGUAUAGUAUCUACCUCUACAGAGAAGGUGUUCUACGGACCUCUUCAGAACCUUACAAUAGUGCUAAUUUCCUGGACAAAACCUGUCAUUUGACCAAUCACUGCAUACAGAAAGAAUAUUCUAAAAACUAUGGGAGAUAUGAAGAAGGGAAUGAAAUGUUUUUUGAAGAGUUUAAUCAGUACUUGGUGAAUACUUUGAACGUUACUUUAGAAAAUACAAUCUUACUGCAAGUCAAAAAUAUAAUAAGAAACUGCCUUAUGUGUAUAGAACCUGCUAUCAGUACCAAACAUCUUCAUUAUCAGAGUUUCCAGCUCUUUGGUUUUGAUUUCAUGGUGGAUGAGGACUUGAAAGUUUGGCUAAUUGAAGUCAAUGGUGCUCCUGCAUGUGCCCAGAAACUUUAUGCAGAGCUUUGUCAAGGUAUCGUAGAUGUAGCCAUCUCUUGCAUCUUUCCUCUGAAUGAUACCAUUCAAAAACAGAACCAGCCAUCUGUAUUUAUAAAGUUGUCAUAAUUAAGGAUAAAAUGAACACAUUGGAAAGUGUCCACCUGUUUGGAUCCAGGGAAGACCAAAAAACACUGAACACUACACCUGCACAUCAUGCCAAAAAGAAGAAGGGAAAAAGUGGCAUAAUUUUUUAAUUUCAAAAGUCGAACAUUUCAGAGGAAAGUCCCAGAUGAACCAAAAAGCUCUCAUCGACUCUAAACGUUUUAAAGCAUUGUUUCAAUAACAAAUCCUGUAACUGAAGCCUAUCUUUAUGUUUGAGGACAACAUAAUCGUUUUUUUAAAUGUCAGCAAAAUCCAGGGGUAUAAUCAAGUCUUGUCUUUAUCUUUUUCCUUCUAAUUUAAUAAAUUGUUUUAGCAAAUGCAAGUAUCAGUGCCCUUGAGAGACCGAAGAUUUUUCCACUAAGAGUUGUGGAUCUUUUCUUUCUUUACUUGCUGCAGUUCUAGUGCCUUAGCUUUGUUCCUAACAACUUUCCUAAUUUGUUUUGUUUGUACAAUGUUGCUUUUAAGCUAAAACAAAAAGCUGCCCUGUUUUGCGUGAUAUGAAGUUUCUUCAAUAUCUUUGCCUUUAUAUAUAUUUAUUUGUGUGGUUUGUUUUUUUUUAAAUGUAUGUUCUUUGCAAGAAACUAACUGUGGGAGACUGCAAAACUGUAUCCUUUUUUCUUCUGACAAGCUGGCACAAUUGCAAAAUCCUAUUAUAUUCUUGGUUUCUAAAAACAAACAAACCCUCAUCCCUUUGCUUGCCUUUCUACCUUAUGGAAAAGUUUCCAAGAUAGUGAAAUGGAAGCUUUUAAAGGACCUUGAUCCUUUCCUUGUUCCACAAAUAUUGGUUGGAUUCAUGUAUUGCAAUGACCAUGAUGUGUGAAUUCACCCAGUAAGGCAUCGUAAUACAUGGAACCCACACCAUUAUCCAAUAAACCAUGCUUAAAUUUGGGGUUAAGUAAUUUUAUCUCAGUUCACUUGGCAUAGCAAAACAAUGGUUUGGUUGUUGAAGUCCACAUUAUUCCAUCUCUGUCUAUCAUUUGUGAAUUCGUAUUCCCUUUCUAAUUUAUCCAAUCUAAGUAAACUGAUGCUAAUCACAUCCAUGGUAUCCGAGUCCAAAUCAUGACUGAAAAUCCAGUUAAAACCAUGUGCAGAAAGCAAAGUGGUACUAGAGUAGAUCAUAGUUCGAGGGAAGGUCAUUCCUGUCUCUCAAAUAAGUGGCAGGGCAACUGUUUUAUCCCAGUUUUCUUGCCAGCAUUAAGUAAUCCCAAAAUAAUGCAGUUAGGUUCAGGUAUUGUACUAUGCUACAGUUUGUUACUACAUCACAAUUGGUUGGUUUGCAUAAGCUGAGCUAAAUUAAACAAACUACAGAAUUGCUUAGCAUAUUUUAAUUGAAAGCCACUUUGAAUGUUUUGUCUUAUUGGAAAAGUGGCAUAUAACACUGAAUAAAUUGUACCAUGCAUGAACCCAGCCAAUAUGCAUUAGAAGUUAAGAAGUGAAGACUCUUCACUCAGAACCAGCAUUCUCCCUAUUGCUCUUCUAGAGAAAGUGUACAUAGGAGAAUGGCUGGAUCUAGGAAACUUGCUGUUAGUCCAUAGGAAGAGAAUGGAGUCUGGCCAGACAUCACUCAUGUCUUCGUUUCAUUGGUCCUCUUCUAAAAUUAGGGCUGACAUGGAUAUGCAAACUUAUAGUCAGCAAGAAUGCAUUCAAUGAAGCAACAUAACUGAUUUUUUAUAACCUAUCACUGCAAAAUAUCCUUUCUUAAUAUUAAAAUAGAACUUUUCCAGAGCUAUUUCAUGCCUGACCUCCAUAAAUCGGGCAUUCUCUUACCAUAAUGAGAAGAUAACUUCUCCUUAUUACUCUGACAUAGUUUGUAUAUUUACAAAGGGCACUGAAUCCACAGACCUUCCAAUCCUAAAAUUAACAAUUUUAUUUUAGUGUGUAAUUUAUUAUAUUAAAAAAUUAACUGUCUCCUUGCAAGACUGCUAGUUUCUGUCUUGAGUGGGAAAUGGGAAAAACAUAUUAAAACAUUUAAGGCAAAAAUUCUUUUAAUAUUCAGAGGUAGGCAAAAUAGUUCAGAUUACAUAACUACACUAUCAUGACUCCUUGGGAAACAUGAGGGUGUCACAAAUAUAGCAAAUAGUGUACUGUAAACAGUCUACUGUAUAAUUUGUUAGUGCCUUCAGAAUAUUUAGCAGAAAAGGAGACACUAAACUGCAAAUGUAUAUCCUGAAAUUAUACGUACGUACUUAUAAAUAAGUUCAGUUAUUUGAAACUACCUACGGGUACUUGGAUCAUAGCCUUACACUGAAAAUUCAGGAAGCCACAACACACUUUGCUAGUACUUCUUGUUAAGAUCGUUAGACACGUUAUAUAAAUACAUUGUCAUUCUAGAUACCACUGCAUGUUGCAUGCUAUAAUAUUUUAGGUCAAAACUGUAGGACAGCUUUAUAACUUGGGAAGAUGAAAUGAAAUUAGCCAUUUGUCAGUGGACCAAUGAGCAUGAUCUGGCAGAUGUAAACCACCAGUAAAAGUCUUGCUUCUAUUGAAGUUAAAACAAAGGAAAGUUGAUUGAAUAACUAUUGGGAAUUGUUGGAAAACAAUUACAGUAUUACUCCUAAUUAUUACAUUCAUAAGGUAUCAAUCUUACUGUAUUCAGAUUGACUCAGAUUGGGUAGGAAUUACAACAUUACUACUACUAUUGUGUACACUCAUAGAGUAUAAAUUGUGUUGUUCUUGCUUAUGCUUAAAAUUUGCAGUCACAUUCCCAAGAAGGCAGAAGAAAUUCAGCUAAACCCAUUAGGAUUUAAAAGCAAGGCGAGAAGUUGAAUCAGAAUGAUAAUCUGAUUAAUUAUAAUGCUGUAGAGUGGAGAAAAGGUUUUACACACAAGAGAAUAUGGUCUUGGAUAGAAUUCAUGGAGGCCACACAUUAGACAGAUAGAGGCAAGGGAUUGGAAGUGUGGACUUCAAUUCCAAGAAUUCCUUUUGAAUAACAGGCUUUUGAUUGACUAGCUUGAAAGUAUGUACUCUGAACAUAAUGAAAUAAUGUUGGCCUAAUAAAAAUAAUGUGGAGUGCUUGCAAAUAUACAGUAUUCCCUAAGGGAUGGGAAUAUUCAUGAUUUUUGCUUGUCAAGGUUUUUUUCAGCUGAGGAUGUUUGCUUUGCCAUGUUUAUUUGACAUUAAAAGAAUUAAGAAAAAGGAGUAUAAGGUAUGUUUGCCACCUUGAAUUAUUUCCUAAAUUAAUAAAACUGGGAUAAAAAAACCAAAUUAGCUAUUGUAAUGCCCUAAGUUUUUAUGCAAUGUCCUAAGUUUACUAGGUAAGCUUAGUUUGAGAACUGAUAUCCUGAGGAAUAUCCUUUCAGCUGUUCAGUUCUUGUUUGCAAUUACUAACUUUAUUGAAAUUCAGGUGUCCUUAGGAUAUGCCUCGUUUUACAUAGUAGAUGCUGAAAUGUUAGUGUACAUGCUUCUUAAAAAAUAACAUACUUUUCCGUUUAUUGUAACCACACUGUCAUAUCUGUUUGUCCAUUAAUUAUAAUUUUCCCCUUAAUUUUAUAGUGUUAUUUCAAUGGCGAAGGAGGCAGGAUGUAACUGUCAGUAAAACUACUGUGGUUUUUUUGAAUUAUGUAUUAUUUGCAUUCAGUCCUUGCAUAGGCAAAAAAAAUGCAGUACAAUGUUAUUUUCCUUUACAUACAUGUUGUAUAAAUUAAGGCAGCAAGCAAAAAUUGAAGCUAUAGAGGAUAACUUUGUGAAAUAAUUCAUAGAUGCAGAAUUUACUUUUAACUUUUGGACUCAAUGUUUAAUACUGUAAGUAUUUGGGAAAGCCUUAUAUAGGAAUAUUAAAAUAGCACACCUGAUUAUGUAAAACAAAAUAUCUUAAAAGGGCUGUAUUCCACCUUAAGCAAUUGUCUGUAUGGCCUUUUCUGAUAUUGGGUAUAUAUUUUACAAUGUAUCUGAUUUGUGUCUUUCAUAAUGUGAUGGAAUCAUGCAUGCUAGUAUUAUUAGGCAGUGAAAAUCCUUUGGUCAGUAGAUUUAUUCCAACAGAAUUAGGAAGCUGGGGAUCUACAAUCCUUCAAAGCAGUUAAGUAGUAAAAGCACUAAACUAUAAAUACUCGUAUACUCAGAACAUUUGUUCCAUAAAGUGAUUGAAGUUUUGUAUACUAGAUAUUGGCAAAAAUAUUAUCAUAAAUAGGAAAGUUUGUUCAAGAAUGAAUAAAUGAAUGAACCUGAUUUGUUUCUAUAGCAAACAUUUAAAAAUGAGGUUGUGUGUUAUGUCCAAAUGUUCAUGUACAAUAUCCAGAUAUUUUGGUAAUGCUUUGACAAUGAUGGGGACAGGAAUUCUGGAUACAGCAGUUGAGGAAGACUGCUAGAAGAACAUGUACAACUGCCUAUUAAAUAAAUAAAAACAAAAAUACAUAAGCCCAAUCAUUUCAUGAAUAAAGCACUAGUGGGUAAUCUGAUAUAUCUGUGCCUUUCAAGUUAAUACCAGUUAUUUCUGUCUUUUAAAUACAGCUGCACUGCAAAGUUUGUUAAUGUCAUUUUAUUUAAUUAUAUGGAGUCCCCUCCCUGAAGAUAUGAUACUAAGUUACCAUGAAGCACCAGUAUUUUGCAGAGGAUUUGAUAACAGAUAUUAAAAGAAUGAAACAGGUCAUUUCAGGAGAUGUUUCAAGGUCAAAACUCUCACCAAAUAUUUAAAACAAAUAUUUCAGAUUUGUAUUUUUAAAAAAAAGCUUUGCACACUGAAAUGAUUGAGAUCUUCAAACAUGCACAAUUCUUUUAAGCAAUUAAUUGUAUACCAAUGUAUUUUGCUGAUGGAGUAAGGGGCACAAUGUGACACAAACAUUAUUUAUACAGUGAAUUUCUCUCUCGUUCCACUCCACUCUGGUGGGGCUAUCCAAAUCUGGUCUUCUGAUUCCCUCAGCCCUAUAGAAGAAAUUGGAAGGAGUGGGCAAGAGGCAUUUGGGAAUUUGCAUGGAAGGACCAGUAGAUAAAAGCAAAAGAAAAUACCCCCCCCACACAAUAAGAUGGUGACACUGAAAAAGAGUAAUCUUUAAAAUUACAAUGAUUUUUGAAAUAGUAAAUACUUAUGGCACCAAACUACAAUUCUAUGAAUGUCUAUGUAAAAUAGUCCCUUUCUUCAAAAAUAAUCAUCCAGACUGAAUUGUUGUUAUUCAUAGGUUGACAUCAAAUUUGUUUCCACUAAUUUACCUAUUUUGAACUGGUUUUGCUUUUUUUAACAAUUUAUGUGGGCUCUUCCAACUGAUGUCUGCAGAUGGAAUAGACUUGGAAAGAAAAUGGCCAUAGAUUAAUAGCAAUAGCACUUAGAUUUAUAUACUGCCUCACUGUAAAAAGACCUCUCUAAGCGGUUUACAGAGUCAGCAUAUUGCUCCCAACAAUCUGGGUCCUCAUAAUAAUAGACUAUUAUAAAAUUAAAGAUAGUUUUAAUUAAUUUUAAUAACUAAUUUUUUCAGCAUUCCUUCUUAAUUGUGAUUAAGCUUUCAACAAAUAUAGUAGCCAGAAAUUCUAUUGGUGUAGUUUUCCAGGCUAGAAGACAAAAUUCUAAUCCUGCCUUAGGCACAAAGCCACCUGCCUGACCUUGGGCCGGUCACGCUCUCCUGGUCCUAGGAAGCAAGCAACAGCAAACCACUCUCCAAAUCUUGGCAAAAAAACUACAGAGGUAAGUCCAGGCAGCUGCCAGGAGUCAAGGCACACACACAUGUGCACAGAAUGCACACCAAAGUUUUCUCCUGUUGUAGAACACCUACUGGAUUUCUGAUUUUUUUCAAGUACAUGCAUAUCCUGCCUUUCAUCUACGAACUUAUGGUAGCAUGUACAUCAUCCCUUUCUCGCUGUCAGAACUAAGCGUGCAUCGCUGGCCCAAAGUCCCUCAGCAUUUGUGGUUCAGGGCAGAUUUGAAUCAAGGUCUAACUGAUCUUAGUGCAAAAAAUUAAUCAGUGCACCAAAUGUUACUGAGAUGAAGAUAUAGCUCCUUUUUGAUGAAUCAAAUGCAAAUAUUUAAAAUAAUUUCUCCUAGAAUGUGACAGAAAAAACAAAUCCUUUCUUCCUUUGGAUUUCCUCCACUCUGUUUGUGUGUGUGUGUGUGUGUGUGUGUGCUGAAUUAUUCUAACUAACUGGAGACCAUAUUAGGCUCAGUUCUACCAAAACUCCUCUAGCUUUAUUCUUAGAGUAUAAGAUAAAAGAACCAUUGUAUGUGCCUGACAUGCAAUAGGCUGUAAAGUUAAGAAUAUUAAAUGAAUAUAAAUGUGAAUGUAGUCAUUCAAAGGUUAGGUUUUCUAUUGGUGAUGGAGACAUAAUGAAACUUUAACCAUAAGAUACUGUUUUAUUUGUAGGAAAGGUGGUUAGUUUACAACAGCUGUGCCAACAAGGGUAAAAUAUAUUGUGAUUACAAUUUUAGAGGAUGGCAUACAGAUAAUUACUAACAUUCAUGCUGUUUCUGCCUCUAAACCAAAUUAACUCUGGGAUCAGGCCUCCAUAUUACACUGUUUGAAAAACUUCAGAACUGACCACUCUCUCUCUAAAGUUACAUCAUAUUAAUUUUUUUGGUUUAUCUUCAGAAACUUAAAGUGUGGUUGUAUACAUUUGUGUCUGAUGGAAUAUACUGUAUGACUGUAAACAAUGCAUGUAUUGCUGAUAUUUGUACUCAAACCUCUCUUAAAUGAAUUAAAAAUAUAAAAUAUGA